UCCACAGCUUGGCCUUUCGAAGUGCGCCGACACGAUGGUCGGCAUUCCGGGCAGGCUAAAGGGGAUCUCCGGGGGAGAAAUGAAACGCUUGGCGUUUGCCUGCGAGGUGUUGACGGACCCCCCACUGCUCUUCUGCGACGAACCAACUUCUGGCCUCGACAGUUUCAUGGCGCAAAACGUCGUGGGUGUCAUGAAGGCACUGGCUGAAAAGGGCAAAACGAUCGUGGCGACAAUUCAUCAACCCUCUUCUGAGUUGUAUGCCAUGUUUGACCGAUUGUUGCUCAUGGCUGAAGGAAGAACGGCGUAUCUCGGGGACGUGGACGGUGCUUUCGACUUCUUCAACAGACACGGAUACGCGUGUCCCCCGAAUUUCAACCCUGCGGAUUUCUUCAUCCACACAUUGGCCAUUGUUCCCGGCGACGAGGAGAAUUGCAGGAAACGCGUUUUCGAAUUGUGCGACGCCUUUGAGACUUCUGAGGACGGCCUGGCAAUCAAGGACUUGGCGAAUCGCGGGGGUGUCGAAGAGGGGUCGUCCAAGUUGCAGAGCAUCGACGACGAGGUCGUCAUGAAGACCGGGGUCUACAAGGCUGGAUGGUUUGCCCAACUCAACGCCGUUGUUUGGCGGUCCUUUGUCAGCAUAUCCCGGGAACCACUUAUCCUCAAAGUGCGGCUGUUCCAGACUGUGGUGUUUUGUCAAGAGCUGCCGAUAUUUCUGCGGGAGCACUUCAAUGGAAUGUACCGAGUGGAUGUUUACUUCCUCAGCAAAAUG